GUAAAAAUAAAAAUAAAAAAGGCGCCAAAGUAGCUGCGUGGGUAUUUCCAAAUCGUUUUUCCAAUAUCUUUUAUCUCAAAAAUAGUGUACCACCAUGGAGAUUAUGGCCCCAGGACCUUCCUCGCACGGGACGAGCGUGGCGCAGAAAGUGCGAUCGAAGGACGCGGCGCGGCGCUACAAAUACGGAUCCCCGAAACUCGUCGACCUGAUGCGAGAGAAAUGCCGCAUCCGCAUCAAGGAAGCACGUAGUGACCAGUUUCUGCGGAAACGUAACAUCGCCAAGGAGGAAAAGGCAUUCGUCGAGUCGAUCGUCCGCGAGCAGCUGUCGGAGCUGGAGCAGGAUAUCGCGCUGCAGGAGCUGAUCUAUCAGGAACUAAUGCAGGACGCCGACCAGUGGCUGUUCGCGGAGCAAUCGGAAAACUAUCUUAUCGAAGCGUACGAAACCGAUUCCGUGUUCUGUCCGAUUUGCGAGCGCCGGGUGCUUCAGCUAGAUGAGUCCUGCAAAUCACUAUCGUGCGAUUGUGGCGUAAGACUCCGAUACGACCAACCAACGACGGACGAGUUUGCCAAGCUGAUCGGCGAUACCCUAGCCCAACACACAGAUCACUGCGAUAGCAGCCUUCAGUUUUUCACCGAACCGAUCGUCGACGAGGAGUUCGUACAGCUUAACGCCUUCUGUCCCUGCUGCGAUUAUUACCGAGGAUUGACGUGUUAACCAACGGCAUGGAAAGUUAUUUGUUACGCUAUGUGAUUAUUGUACAAGUUUUGUCCUUUUUGUAAUUUAUCUUCGUUGAACGACUGCUUGUCGUCUUGCAAGACGUUUUGUAAACACAUCGACACUUCCCGUGGAAGCUUUCAUAGACAUGGGGUACGAAAAACAAUAAAAAUGCCCCGAAUAUUAUCCGGAAAUCCUUUUUUGGAGAUUUUCCUCCCGGCUUGGAACAGCUGAUCCGAUUUUCUCCGCAGCUCGAGUAGAUUUGUUUACGUUUGCUGCUCGAAUGU